GGUGCAGAUGCUUCACUUCUACCGAUAGAAGGAAUUUUAGGAGAGAGUGAUCUAUUGGAUGAUAUUAUUCACGUAAUCGGUAGAGAUAUACGCGAAGAGAUGCCGCCCGUAGCAACACAACGGCCGUACGUGGAAAUCACGGAACAGCCCCACCCGAAGGCGCUGCGUUUUCGCUAUGAGUGCGAAGGCCGAUCGGCCGGUUCGAUUCCUGGCAUCAACACCACAUCUGACCACAAAACCUUCCCCAGCAUACAAGUGCACGGAUAUCGGGGUCGGGCCGUGGUCGUCGUGUCCUGUGUCACCAAAGAAGGACCCGACUACAAACCUCACCCACACAAUCUAGUCGGUAAGGAGGGAUGCAAGAAGGGUGUGUGUACUGUUGAAAUCAACAGCACCACCAUGAGCUACACAUUCAACAACUUGGGUAUCCAGUGCGUCAAGAAGAAGGAUGUCGAGGAGGCGCUGCGAUUACGCCAGGAAAUUCGCGUCGAUCCAUACCGUACUGGAUUCGCACACGCAAAGGAACCCGGCUCGAUCGACCUCAACGCCGUACGGUUGUGCUUCCAGGUGUUCCUGGAAGGGCAACAGCGUGGCCGUUUCACAGAGCCCUUGACGCCGGUCGUGUCUGACAUCAUCUACGACAAGAAAGCCAUGUCUGAUUUGAUCAUUGUCCGGCUGAGCGACUGCACAGCCCCCGUUUCCGGUGGCAAGGAUAUCAUUCUGCUCUGUGAGAAAGUGGUUAAGGAGGACAUCAAAGUGCGGUUCUUCGAAAAGAAGGGCGACAAAACGGUGUGGGAAAACUAUGCCGAGUUUUCGCACACCGACGUACACAAACAGGUCGCCAUUGGCUUCCGGACACCACCGUAUAAAUCGCUUAACAUCACCGAUCCAGUGAAGGUGUACGUGCAGCUGGAACGACCAUCGGACAACACCUACUCGGAGGCACGAGAUUUUCAGCUGAUACCAUUGGACUCAGGUAGGCGCAGGUUUUCGGCGCUACAGCGCGAACUUAUGAAGAAUCCGAGCGACGAUUCGCCCGAGAAUCAGCUCUUUAAGCGUAUCCUGCUGGAAGGCUCGAAUAGAUCGUGCCUUGCACAACCGGUCAAACCCGUUGUGCAGACCGAAGAAGUGAUCGUGCUAGACACUCCGAACGUCGAGGAUAAGCCGUUCGUCAGUGAAACUGUUUCCAGCGACCAGAAAACGACCGAAUGGAUACAACGAAACGAAUUCAACGCCACAAAUACCCUCGGAGACGGAGGUUCCUCAGGCGACGACAAUCAGAUGAUCACCGGAGAUACUAACAAUAACGGUGCUGCUGUGCCGGAUGAUGAUCAAACUCUCAACGAACUGUUGGAACAGGUGGCUGAGCUGGACGAGAUCUACACAGAUCAUCAGCUGCGCCGCGAGAACAUACUGCUGGAGCAGGAGCUUAAGUCACUCGAGCAAACCGUACCCGUCCAGCUCGGAUCCCCCGGUAAUCAGCCGAUGGACAUCGACGAGGUGUUCGAUGAUGCAGCCACCUACACUAGCCUUCAGCGAGCUUUCAAGAAUCCGCUCUCGAUCACGUUGGGUCCACCGAUCCCUCCGAGACCGGAACACGCUAAGCUCGACGCAGGAGUGUACGAUGCGGUGGAACCACUCCACGUACCCACGAUCGAUAUCUCGCCUCUGAAGCGCGAAUCACAGGAAGUUGAAAAAUUGCCUCCAUUGCCGCCAAAGCGUGCCAAGCCAAGCGUUCAGAAUAAGGAAAACAAUGCUCUGGAUGCCAACGAUGAAGUGCUGUUGAACACGAUCAUUCGGAAAGGAUCGAUGCGUAGUCUGGUGCCACGACCGCAGUCGGAUCAAAUCAUUAUCAUGAAAACACCAGAAAGUCCACUAAAUAAAAAGCUUCCCCCUACGCCACCCAGUUCGCCAUCGAAAGGAUCCUCGAGUGCUGCCACUGGAAGCGCGGGAAACUUCAGCACGCUUCCAAAGAACGUCAACAAAAAGCCGGGCUUUUUUUCAAAGCUUUUCUCGCGCAAGAAGAGCAAGUCUGACCUAUCCGCUAGCACCAAUACGCUCAAUAAUAAGUCCUCGUCUUCAAAAGAGCCCAGUCUGGCUGGAAAUAACGGUCAAUCGCCUCAUCGCAAAGGAUCUCUCCGCGAUGCUGCGGGAGAAAAACGCAAAGCGGGAAAACCAGUGGCACGCAGCGUGAGCAGUGUCAGUGCUCGGCGUCCGGCCUCGGAUGGCAAUCCAGACUACAUCUACAUCCCUCUGAAGGGUGACGGUCCUACAGGAAGCAUGCAAUCGCGCAAUGGGGGCAGUGGAACGCAUCUUUCACUGCCGGGAAACGACUCUUAUGAGCGAGCAAGCACGGCUUCACUGCCACCGCUCGAUCGCAAAGCAGUCAGUGCGCUACAACUGGAUGUUCCGAUUCAGGAUGGCAAUCUUGAACUUGUAGCCAUCGCUGAUGCGCGCAGCAUAAAGAACCUCGUCGAGGGCAACUACGGCGUUCAGCUCGAUCCAAACGUUGAUCUGACGGAAGCUGAACACUUUGCCUUGUACACCUCGAUCGCUCCGAAUGCCGCACUCAGCGAAUUCGACGAAACCUCCUGCUAUUAUGCUCCCGUUGAGCCAAACCCACUAGCUACCUUGCAACAGUGUUCACAGGCACAGCAACACCAAACCACACGGAUGAUCACCGAUAGUGAUGUCUGAGAGGAACUGAUAGAGUUCAUUUUCGACCCCCUAUUGUGCCCUGAGCUGCUUCAGAGCAAUGACUUUUUAACCAUAUCAUAGCAGCGGCCGCAGCAGCGAAUAUUGUCAUCAAACAUAAUCACCCUUGCCACUUCUCGCUUAUGCUAAUUUGAUAUUUCUAUUUUUUUUUUGUUGAUUUUUCGGUCCUCGUCCUCUACAUUCCUGGUUUGAAUACACGCACACUUGAUUGACUUGUUGAAAAAC